AUGUCUCCUCCGAAGCGGCGCAGACCAGGCUCUAGCAGGAGCACUAUCCACAGAAGCCACAGCACCACGCGACUACCGUCUUGCCUGCGGAAGGAGCUGAAGGAGCUUGAGGACCCUAGCAGUGGGGUCGACUCGGGAGGGUCCUCAUGCAUGUCGGAUGCCGAGCAACAAGGACUUGGCCAGCAACAGCAACGCCAGCUGCCGCGCAAAGCACGGAGGAAGCUCCUGCGUGUGCAGCAGCGCCAGCAAAAGAAGGAGCACCAAAGGGUACGAAAGAGACAACGAAUGGCGCAGUACGCGGAGGAUUGUACCGGUACUCAACAGCCUAGUCCCGCCACACGGAAAGCCAAGGCGCCAUCUCGGAAAGCCGAGGGGCUGAACAGGCAGGCUUGCUCAUCAGAAGAGGAGGCUGGCUGGAGCAACGGCUCUGAUGGUGACUACGAGACUUUUGGAGUGUCGCGAGAUAGUGGCAGCAUUGGUGCAGCAGCUGCAGCGCUUCAGCAGCAACAACAAGGGCAGCAACAUGGCCCCGACUUAUUGCAGCGUGAAUUGAACAUUUUAGAGAGGCGACUGGGCCUACGCAAAAGCGAUAAGCAGAACAUAGAGGCUUCACGCGCCAAGGCUCAAGCUAAGCUGCGAGAAGAGCUCAAAGGAGACGGCUUUGAUUUGGAGCUGCAAGAUAUCCUGGAUGAUAUUCUGGCCUCUGAAUUUUGGCCUCUGUGCGCGUCUGCUUCUUUGCAGGCAAAAAAGAGCUUUAAGGGCAGGCUUAGCGACGUGGAUGCUCAAGAACCGGACGGUAAGUGUGGUAGAGCAGAAGCUGAAGCCCCUUGCAGAGAGAAAGUGCAAAAGGAACAUCCCGAUGAUCGUGACGCCCUGCGGCGACAGUUGCAGAUUUUGGAAAAGCGGUUGGGCAUUAACCGAGGCCGUGGACCUGAAACGGAGGCUCUCAGGGUUAAAAGGAGGAAAAAACUAAGGGAGGAGCUGGAGGAAGACGGCUUUGAUUCGAGCUUGCAAGAUAUUCUGGAUGAUAUUGUGGGCGCUGGAGAAGAACGCGAGGAUGCUGCUGGCACAGAUGCUGAAGCGCCUGACGGAGAGCCCGCCAUCCACAGCGACACAGUAUACUUGUGUAUUCCGAUCGUCUGCGCUAUGUUUGCAGAUGAGGCCGGAGCAUUAAGCGGGUACGAGGAAGAGGACGCCUAUACAAUGGACGGAGAUGCCAACUGGCCGGAGGAGCGCGAUUCUGCAUCAGAUACUGAUUCCUCGGAUUCGGUGAAAGGCAUUGCAAGCGCCCAGGAAGGCUCUUCAAAAUCUACUCAGCUUCGUGAGGGGCAUGAGAGUGCAGCUGGAUCUCAAGUGUAUGUGGCUCCUCAUCGCCGACGGGAAGGACACGCGGGUUCUAGUCACUCAGCGCAAGUAUUAUCGCUCGACUCUAUUAAGCUGGAAGUCGUACGCGCCCUAAAUCGUGUGUCCGAGGGCAAUACCGAGCCUGUCCUCCAUCAGCUUUUGCGAGUUCUACAGCGCAGCGCAGCUGAGGCUGCACUGCCUCAGGUACGAAGGGAGCUUGGGGAUGGCGCGGAGGCGACGGAGGCGCUGCAGACGUAUACAUCUCGGGUCCGACAGCUCCUGUGUGAUCAGCUCAUGCAAUCGUGCAUAAGAAGCCGCUUUUCAACCAAUUCUUUGAUUGCCACCCAAACAGCUCUGUGCUGCGCCCUUGGCAAGAUGUGGGACAUCGAGCUGUGCCACGAUUUUCUCGUGGCGCUGGCCAUUGAUUUCUCCAAGCAUUUCCCAAAAGCCUUGAUUCAACGAACUCGCCAGCCGGAGAAUGGAGCGACAGACACAGAUUCUUUGAUAACCCGUCAUGCGGUCGUGGGCUUUUGCUGUCUGUACGACUUCGGCUUUGCUUCUCCGCGAUUGUUUGUGGAGCUUAUACAACGGGUAGCCGGGUCACAGAGAACCACCACGGCAGCUGGUGAUACCGUGCCUACCACUACGGAGCUAUCAGAUUUUCGAGUAGAGCUGCUGCUUCUACUACUCCGGUUGGGGGGUGAGAAGCUUCGUCAAGAUGACUCAGUUCUGUUCUCCACUACUUGGAAAGACCUCCAAGGACUUGUGAAGAUGCUGCAAAAUGAUUCCCGGGCCCGGGAAUCUGGGCAAGCGCUGUGUGCCACGGAAGAGCACUCAGCUGAGACAGGUGGGCUUCAAGUACUGUUUUGUUUACUCCUCAAGCAGGAAUUCCAGCGGGAAAAUGAAUCCGUUUGUAUGGGCGAUGUGUCUUCUCGGGCCAUGUUGUCAGGUCGCCAACGAGCCCUACUAUUGGAACUGCAAGAUCUGAAAUCUGGAAAACAAAAAGACAGGUUGAUGGUCGUUAAAGCUUCUCAGGAUGCCAUGCGGCGCUGGCUGAGAACUAGCUCGGUCUUCGGCCCCACGCUACUAGCAGCACAGUUCCAAAUCGAUGGAUCAUGGGUAGCUUUAGAGCGUGGACACCGACCGGAUCUCUCAUCUAGAGCUGCAGAGGCUGCUAGAUUCCAGCAGCAUCAGCACUUACAAGCAGGAAGCGCUGCUAGUGCUCCAGAUGCAGUGGCCGUAGGCGCUGCCGCAAAUCGUCUACAACAGAAGGCCUCGCUUCUGAGGUUGAACACGGAACUCCAACAGAGGUUGUUUGAGUGCUUCAUGAUGGCUAGCAGCCCAGAUGACUGCUUGCGGCUACUUCAGAAGGCUGGACAUCUCUCACUGAAAAGGAAUUUCAUUCGCUUACAUGUUGUUGAUCUACGCAUCGUCCGCUUCUUGAGCUUCGACAGCGCAGGGGAGGAGCAGGGUCCUAUGGGACUUUCCGGGAAGUUGGGCGUUUUCCUUCGAGAGGUUUGCGUUGAAUUGCUUUGCUGCCCCACGGCUGCAGCAUCCCCGUUUCCGGCAGCCGCAGAUUGGGAGCAAACUGCUGUUGGGCUUUUUAAGUGCCUGGGCCCGAUGAGCGAUAUUUGCGAGGCCUUCAUUACGCUGAUGCAAGACGUGAUAUUGCCGGAGGCAGAAGCGUGUGAUACCGCUGCAAACUCCGCGGGUGCCGCCAGCAAGGGUUGUGCCGAAAGUACACUGAAAGUGUCCGUAGUGAAAUCAGCGAUACGCGCUUUGAUGGCUUAUCGAGAGCCGGAGGCAUAA